CUCUGCCACAACACAGACAGUCUGCGUCCAGUCGCGGGCAGGGAUAGACCCCGGAGUGCGUACUCCCCGGCCAGGACCUCUCCACUCGUGCUUCCUCACACUUAUCUUUUUUUUUUUUUAAGUUGCCUCUCGCUCUCUUCCUCUUCCCGCAAACACGGAGAAUACCCUUCUCUCCCGCGAAAGGAGCUGACAUUCUGGUGUUACCGGGAGAUACAGUCGUGUUUUAAAAAAGACAUCGAUUUGAAAAAAAAACAGUGGAAAUAUAUAUCCCCCCCACUAUCAGCGACGCGGGUUAAACGAAGCCAAAGAACUGAAGCCCUUGCGUGGUGUCAGCAGGCACGGCACGGAGACCAUUCGCUUCAGGUUACUUAUAAAAAAAAGGUUGUGAGUUGUGAGGUUGGAAGAGAUGGGAGCGAUGUGGAGUUUGCUUUGGGGUUGGUGGACAGCCGGGACGCAGGUGAGCAGCGUCCAGUAUGCAGAAGACGGUGACCUGGGACCUGAGGGCGACGUGGCUGACCCGACUACAGGUCUGACCUUGCGCCAUCGAACCGCUAUGGUCCGUACCUGGGAUAUGGUUCGACCUGACAUGAAGGUUCACGGCAUCAAUUUUUUCAUUGAACUUUUCCGCACUGAACCCGAACUACAGACCAGGUUUAAGGGUUUCGCCAACAAGUCAGAAGAGGAACUGAAGACGAAUAAACGCCUUGCUGCCCACGCAUCCACGGUGAUGUUGGCAAUCACGGGUCUCGUCGAUAACCUGGACGAUGUGACUUGCUUGGUGGAAAUGCUGAACGCCACGGCCGCCAACCACAAGAGGAGAGGCGUUCCCUUUAGGGACUUCGAGCUCCUGGCGCCCGUGCUCGUGAAAUUCCUGAGGGACAGCCUGGGCGCCGCGUGGACUCCUGUGGCCGAAGAGGCGUGGGUUCAGGCGCUGAAAGUCAUCAACUCCGUCGUCUCCAGCACUUACGACAGCUCGUAGGAGGCGUGGGCGAAGGAGAGGCAAUAGGUGUGAAAGGGAGGAAGGACUGAAGGAAGGAAGGAAGGAAGAGAAGAAAGGAGGGAAGGGAUGAAGAGAGAAAGAAGAAGGAGAGGGAAUAGGUGUGAAAGAGAGGAAGGACUGAAGGAAGGAAGGAAGGAAGGAAGAGAAGAAAGGAGGGAAGGGAUGAAGAGAGAAAGUAGAAGGAGAGGGAAUAGGUGUGAAAAGGGAAGAAAGGAAGGACUGAAGGAAGGAAGGAAGGAAGAGAAGAAAGGAAGGAAGGGAUAAAGAGAGAGAAAAAAGAAGGAAGGAGAGGGUUAGGGGAAAGAAAAAGAAAGGGUAAGAAAAAGAAAAAGAAAGGAUUAAAGAAGGAAAGAAAAUAAAGGGUGAAAGACAGCAAGAAAAUAAAAUAAAGGGUUAGAAAAGCAAGAAAAGAACAGAAAGAAAAGGUUAAAGAAAGCAAGAAAAGAACAGAAAGAAAAGGUUAAAGAAAGCAAGAAAAGAAAAGACAGAAAACAAGAAUGUAAGAAAAAAUAAAGGAAACAGGAAAGAAAUUGAAAACUGGGGUGGGGGGGGCAUUUAGGAAAAGGGAAAGGCUGAUGAGAAGAGGAAGAGGAGGAUGGAGAAUUAGAGGGAGAAGAAAACAAAUGGAUAAAAAGGGAGAAGGAUAGGUGAAAGAAAGGGAGGAAAGUAGGGAAAAGUGAAACUCACUUUGUCUUGUUUUAUUUUAGUCCCUGCUUUAACACAUUGUCUUUGUAAUAUAAAGUUUAUUUGCAUAUACUGAAAGAACGUCGUAAGUAAAGGCAGUAAUUAUUCAAUGGAAGGAGUAGGAGUGGAAAGCAAGGAAGGAAGGGAAAGGGAGAAGGAAGAGAGAAAGGAAACGGAAGGGAACAAGAGUAGAAGAAGAAAUGAAAGAAAACGGAACAGAAGGAAGAGAAGAAGAAAUUAAAGAAAACGGAACAGAAGGAAGAGAAGAAGAAAUUAAAGAAAACGGAACAGGAGGAAGAGAAGAAGAAGAAGAAAAAAAAAACGGAACAGAAGGAAGAGAAAAAAAUGAUACUUGUUUUGGUUAUAAUCAUGUGUGUUAAAACAAAACCCAGGUUCGAGACUAAAAAUUUUGGGUGUAAAUCAAUGACGUAACAUUUGGAUGUAAUUAUAUAUAGAGCUGUUGUAUUUCUAAUAAGUAGAGAAGAAAAAAAAUCACAAAAAAAGGACAAAAUUCACCGACGUUUUGAAGGUGAAUGUUUUUAGCACAGAUUGUACAUACGUCGUUAGAAUAGUUUAAUCACUUUCACGUUUUGUUUCCGCAUUGUCAUGUCAUUUAUUUUUCAAUAUAAACAGAUUAUCAAAGCUUGUUUCAUUCAGGUUUUUUGUACAACCAAUGUAGUUUAAGGAAGAAGAUUAAUAUAAGUUUAAGACCGCCUUGUAUGAUUUAUAAAACAAGAUGUUUUUACUUCGUCUGAGUUCAUUCACAGUAGAUAAAGUUCCUUUUUUAUUAUGAAUUGACUAUAUAUGUGUGUGUAUGUGUGUGUAUGCGUUUGUGCGCGCAUGUACAGUCACACACACACACACACACACACACACACACACACACACACACACACACACACACACACUCACACUCACACACACUCACACUCACUCACACUCACACACACUCACACUCACACUCACACUCACACUCACACUCACACACACACACACACACACACACACACACACACACACACACACACACACACACACACACACACACACACACACACACACACACACACACACACAUAUUAGAGAGAGAAAGAGCAUUUGGCCUGACUGAUAGGUAUGUCAUUUGCACGAUGGUCACGCAUAUAAAAGGUAAUAAUAAACUUAAUAUCCGGUGGCAUGAAUUAAGUCUCAUAUUCGACAUGUUGCAUGACUGUGACAUCAGAAACCAGUGCAAGUUAUAGUCGUGUUAAUGGUGGUCGUGUCAAGGCGAGUCAUGCAAUUGCAGUGCAUGGCGCAAGGUAGUUGGACUAAAAAAAAUAUGUUAGAUAGACUUAAAACCUUUACUAUAUCUUUUGUGAUCGAUAAAUUGGGCAUAUUUUGUAUGUAGUAUGAAUACACGAAAAAAAGUAUAAACAAGUAUUAUACACAUAAAGCUUCUUAAAAUGUACAGACUAGUACACGUAAAGAAAUAAAUGUGUACAUGUGCACAAAUGAAUAUUUAUAUGAUAUAUUACAUAUGAAAACUUUUUAUUGUAUGUACACAUAAGAAACUGAACAGGCAUUACAAUAAAUUACAAUAUAUCUCAGACGUACACAUUUGUAGUUUUGUAAUCUGUAUCUCGUAAGAAUAUUAGGUUGUAAUAUAUAAUGAAAACUGAGAGAUGAACAUAUUUAAAA